UGAUUUAACAACUGUGUACGUCACAACUGCCAGUCAUCUAGGUUAUCAGUUCACCACGACACAUCACAAAUAUUAUAAUUAGGCAAGUUAGAAAUUGUGAAUAGAGCGGAUCAUUUUGUCUACAAUGUACAGGAUAUUGUUAGCAGCUAUACUCAUAUCAACAGGGUAUUGCUUUUUGAGCCAUUGGGGUGAUUGCGAAACUGACGACGACUGCAUUGACUUCUGCGCGCAAGUGAAUCCGAACACGGUGUCAUCAGAAUGUAACGAAGAUGACCAGUGCUUCUGUGACCCAGGAACAACCACCAAGAUGACAACUUCGACAACGGCCCCUGCUUCUUCUUCGCGAAAUACCGUGGGGAUGUCUACUGAUGCAUCGCAGACAUCGCCACCGACACGAAGUCCAAUGUGCGAUUACUUUAACGCCACUCUCCAUCGAUGUAAGGACAGUUCUGCCUGUGGUUUAUCGCUGGUAUAUGACGUCAUCUGCCCUGAUCCGGCCGAAAUCAUUUAUUGCCCACAUACAUGUGGAUGCUGUUAAACCCGCUGCAAAAACUGCGAUUUAUCAUAACCAACAUCAACCUGACACUGACCUUUGUGCAUCAAUAUAUCGAUGUACCGUAAUUAUAAAUGCAUACGUUAUCGCACUUUAAUUGUGGUUAACAGUAAAAUAGUUUCAAAUACA